UUUAUUAAACAUUUCCAGUGGUUUUUAUAACAUUAGCUUUUACAACAUAUUAUAAUAGUCAUUUAAAAGGUGUUAUUAUAAGUUGAAUCUAGCCAUGCACUUCGAAGAAUUAGAAGCUUUAAACCCACGUAAUCCUAGUGUGGGUCUAAUAGAUGCGCCAACUCCACAUAAGGUGGCCGUGUUGGUCUUGGUAGACCAAUACAUAAGGGCGAAAAAAGCUGCUGCGGACGCCGGUCUUGAAUAUCCUGCCCACCUGAGACGUAAUUUCUGCAUGUUGUUGCUUAAACUGAUACAAUAUCCUGACAUGACAUUCAGCGAUUUGUAUCAGCUACUAUGUUCAUCUAAAUAUAAGAUAGACGAUUACCAUUUAGAGUGCUUUGAAAAGGUUAUUGGCAACGUUUUCUCGAUGGGCCUUGAGACACUUUUUGAUUUUUGCGAAAUGCAAAAUAUUGAAAAAAUGUUAGCGGAACAAGUGGGAGUUAGCCAGUUCAGUAUUGUAGGUUUGUAUAUACGUCGAGUAGGUGUGGUCCUAGAACGUUUGUCAUUUCCCGAAAUGGUGGCAUUACACAAAAAUAUUUGUUUAUAUUAUGAAAAAGGUUUACGUUCAUUGACUACUAGUUCCCGUAAGCACAAUCGCCUGGAAAGUUUAUUAAUAGACGAAUCAGAUAACGAUACGACCGAGGAACCCGUAUUGGAUACUGAAACCGUUCACAUGGAUCGCAAUCAACACUGUAAAUGGUCUGCGAAACAAGUUGAACUUUUUGUUAAUCAGCAAUGUAAUCUUUUGGAGAACAACGAAUUAAGAGCUUUGACGCCUAUUGAAAUGCAAUCCAAACUAAAUGAGAUAAUACGGGAUAAUCCUUUAAGUGCGCAAGCCUAUUUCCUUGGCUACAUGAAUCAACUUAGAUUGCGCGAUGUAUUCGGCGCCUUAAACGCAUUGCAUAGAGCUUUUGAUCGGAGUCCCAUGCAAAUAAUGGGACAAUCAGAACAGAAGGGCUUUCAAUACUUCAGCGUUAACUUAGCUGUUUUGCAUGCCAGUUUUGAACAUCGUCGUGAAGCAUUGAAUGCCUUAAAGGAGUGUAUAAUGUUAGCUCAAGAGUGUGGCGAUAAACGUUGUUUAGAUUUGGCCAAUUCGUGGUAUUGUCUGUUGAAGAGCAAGCAUAUCGAUCCCUUUGAAAAGUGCAUCCCGGAUGUGGAGGAUAUCGGAAUGAUACAAUCUUUAUCCCUAGCUAUACAAUUUGUGGUUAUGUUUGGGGCUCAAUGCGGUUACUUACCUUUGGAUUUGUUUCAAAUGCUUCUGAAAAGUGACGAAGUCAAUAGUAAAAAUUCCAGACCUCAACAUGUAUCUGAUUCUUUGGCAUUACGUUCUGCUCUUUGGUGCACAUAUGGCCGCCAUGAGAUGUCAGCACUCUAUUCACAAUUAUUACUUAAUCUAAAGAAAACCUGGGUCUUUGGUGAUGUUAGUAAUUCAGAAAGUGUUUGUAAAGUUCUUUCUAGUCUUGCACUAUGGUUUAAUGUCCAGGGUGAACAUCAGUUAGGAGUCGUGUUGCUGAUGCAUGCACGUUCCAGAUUUCCACGUUAUCCUAAUGCCAUCAAUUGGAUGAUUAGCGAAUGCCAUGUGUCCAUACAACAAGCCAUUUACCGUUGCCAAUGGCAAGAAGCAUCAAAGUGGUGUUGUCAGUUGUAUCUGCUUGAUAGAAAUGAUGGCACUUUGCAAAGAGCAAUGGUAUACAUAGCUAAGGGCUACUACAAUGAAGCUCGACACAUCUUACUGGAAUUACAAAAUUCUGCUGCUCUUGAUGUUUUAAGUCAAGUUCGUGUCUUAGUUUUGAUGGCUUAUACCAAUAUGUCCUCGUCUAUCACAUCAACUCAAGCUAUAGAACAUUUAAUGCGUGCUUCUGUGCUCUCUGCUUCGGCUUAUAUGGAAUAUGAAAAUGCCUUGAUCGGUGUUCUACUGGCUGAAGUUAUGCUCAGAAUGGGUUUACCGCAAAAAGCAUUGCAAUCGAUGAAAAAUUCUAUGGAUCAUAUUUAUAUAAAUGGUGGAUUGUAUGAUAGAGCAAACACCGAUUUUACUUUUGUGCGCUGUUUAGUAAAAGCAGGCCAUGAUCGAAAUAUUCAACAACAACGACUACGAAAAGCUUUGCCAAUUUUGGAACGUGCCAUUGACAGCUAUCGGAAACUUGAAGCCCAUGCCAAAGUUUUAGACAUUUUUGUUUAUAUAGCGAAGACAUUCGAUGAACUGGGUAUAUUAUCCGAGCGCAAUAAAUACGCCUGUAAAUUUAAAAACUAUUACACGGAAAACCCGGUACCCAGAGAAUAUCUAAAUGCCAUAUAUUAA